UCAUAUGAUAGAAUGUUUUAAAUUUAAUUUAAAAUUAAGUCAUCCAAAUAAAAUUAGAGGGAAUGACAAGUAAAGACUCUAGAAUAAAAUCAAAUUAGGAUUUCUUUUAACAUAAACAUUUCAAAUUUAAUAUAUAUAUAUAUAUAUAUAUAUUUUAAUGUUUCAGUGGUAAAGUUUUCAAUUCAGUAUUAACUUCUUAACGAGGUCCUACCUUGUCAUUCUCCCAAUGAGUUAGCCCCUCCACCUCCAAAGCAGAAUUCAGAACGUUAGAACUUCGAAGUCGAAGGCUCGUCUCACUGUGACACGAGUUGAAAUAAUCUUCCUUCCAUUGAACCUUCAAGUCCUCAUCUCUUUCACUUUCAGCCGAAACACUGAAAUAGGGCAUUUCACGAGAAUGAGUUUGCAUCGCUGUGUAGAAGUGCAUUUUCUCAAAUUAAACUCCACUCAUUGUUAUAAUCUGAGGAAUUGGUCCAGAUCCUUUCUUUCUCUGUUCUCCACUGUUGUUUCUUCCCCAACUGAAGCCUCAGCCGAACACAUUUCCAUCAUUGAUUACCUCAACACCAACGUCAGACUCUCCAAAGCUCAAUCCGUCUACAUCUCGAAACGACUUUUUCAGGCUAGGUGCCCUCAGCAUCCAUGGACAGUGCUUCAUUAUUUUAAACAGAUUGGCCUUUCUGAAUCGCAGAUUCAGUCUAUGAUUGGUCUUCAACCCCCAAUAUUGUUCUCCCGUGUCGAUGAGAACCUGAAACCGAAAAUUGAGUAUCUUCAGCUUCUAGGGUUUCAGUGUUCUGAGUUGGGUAAGCUUCUAUCAAAGAAUGCAACUCUUUUGACGCGUAGUUUGAAUAAAACGUUGGUGCCAUCUGUGGAAGCUUUCAGGAAAAUUGUUAAUAAAGAGAAAGAUUUGAUUAAGUUGCUUCACAGAAAUGGGAAUUGGAUAAUCCCGAACCACCAAAAGGUUUUGCGCAAUGCUGCUUUCUUACAGAGUUGUGGGAUCGUUGGGUCUCAGCUUUCCUUUUUACUUACAACUCAAGGUCGCCUUUUUGUUCAACAAGAGUCUCUGCUUCAAAACUAUGUUUCACGGGCUGUCAACAUGGGUUUCUCCAUAAACUCAAGAAUGUUGGUAUAUGCGCUUCGGGUAAUUUAUAGUUUGAGCAUUGUUAAGUUUGACAGGAAGUUGGAGUUAAUUCAGAGUUGCGGGUUUUCCAAAGAUGAGACCAUGCGAAUCUUCAGAAGAGCUCCCGCAUUGCUUCACCAAUCUGAGAAGAGGCUAAAAUUUGGAAUUGAUGUGUACUUGGAUAAAAUUAUGGUGCCUAGGUCACUACUGGUUAAGAACCCUGUGAUUUUGAUGUUGAGCAUGGAGAAAAGGGUGAUUCCUCGAUGGAGGGUACUCCAACUGCUAAUCUCAAAAAAAUUACUACCUGGUAUGAUUCCGAAUUUUCUUGCAGUGCUUAAAUUUCGGGAGGAUAAAUUCGUGGAGAAGUACAUUUCGGAGUUUAGAGAUAAUGAAAAGGCUUUAUUGGAGGCAUACAAGGGUCAUUGUCACGAAGAUGCUUCUACAUAAUAAUCAAGUAGUUCUGUUUCACAAGCUUGUCUGCUUGGAUCUUUGGACACUUCAGAAUAUUUUUUGAUUGUGGAGAGCAGAGAGGAAAGUAAUUAAAAUUUUCAUGCUGAUAUUCUUAUUAAUUUAGAUUUUAACACUUUUAACUCUAUAUUUGACUUUUAUAUUCUUAACUUUAAUGCUCUUCCUCAGCCGUACAUGCUUGAGGGGAACGUAGACAAAUUGGUCAUGAUUUAAUUUUGAAAAUCCUCUGUUGAAGCUACAAAUUUUGGAAAAGUCUCUCUCUUUUUCAUCUUUCUCUCAAAUAAAGUGAUAAUGAAGCUCUAUAUGCUCAACAUGUCUGAAUUUGGCUUGAAACAGAAUAGGGAAUGACAACUUGAGUGCACUUUAAUUGUCACAUUUCAACAUAGCAUGGCAAUAUUUCAGCCAGUAGCACUAAAACAAGUAGCCAUGAGAUUAUCUCCAAAUUUCCUUGAUCCUGUCCUCUCCAAGUAAGCAUGAUGUAGUCGUAUGUGUGGUGUGGUGAAUGAAGCAAAUAGGGCAAAGAAGCGUUCAAAGAGAGAAAUGAGAGUAUGGUAGGGUGUGAGAGAGCAUAUGAGAAAGGAGUUGAGAAAGUCAAAUAUGUAUUGUCUAUGUUAUAGUUGUGAGAAAGGAGUUGGAAAGUAAGCUGUAGAUUGUGUAAAUUAUAGUUUUGAUUGAGUAAUUAUUUUGUUUGGGCAAUAAA